AUGGAAACCAAUUCUCUUGGUCGAAACCGACACACACCAGCAGCCAGAAACCAUAUCGUUUACACCGACCAUAAAGGAAGAAAGAUCCCUUACGCUGACAAGAUCACCCCGGAGCCGAUUCUCAACAACAAUGCGGGUCGAGACACAAAGGCGGACUCGAUCAGGAACAGUUAUAAUAGCCAAUUCAAAGUUGGCAUUUACGGUUGGCGAAAGAAAUGCCUCUACAUUCUUGUCAUGGCACUCAUGCUUAUGAUGAUUAUCAAUCUUGCAUUGACGCUGUGGAUACUUAAAGUAUUGGAUUUCAAUUCGGAAGGCAUGGGUCAGCUUCGAAUUGUCCCUGGAGGCUUACAAUUAUUGGGACAGGCUCUUGUAUUGGAUUCUCUUUUUGCAUCUAGCAUAAAAUCACGACGUGGGCAACCUAUUUCUAUUGAGUCGUCUAGAAAUUUUACUGUUUCGACUCGAGAUGCACAUGGGAUGAUGCAAAGCAAAUUAUUCUUAGGUCACGAUCGUUUAGAAGUUAAUGUCGCACGUUUAGAAGUCCGCGAUUCUCGAGGUGUACUGCUUUUGGGUGCAGGUCAAGAUGCAGUGACCAUCGGUGCAGAGAACUUAAUCGUAGCGAGUCCGGCUGGGGCCACUUUCAAUACAGCCGUACAGUCACCGCUUGUGAAAGCGCCGCCUUCCAAACAAUUAAUGCUAGAAUCACCUACUCGGUCAUUGGAGAUGCACGCGGCCCAGAGCAUCUCUAUGGAGUCGCGCGCGGGCGACAUCAGCGCCAGCUGCCUGUCCACCUUCCGUCUCCGCUCCGUCGCCGGCUCGAUACGACUGGACGCCCCCAGUAUAUACAUGCCAAAAUUAAAGUCGGCGUUGCCCUUGCCGCCAUCAGCGCCGCACGGACAUGAUCCUCACCAUUUGAAUAUUUAUCAACUGUGCGCCUGCGCAAAUGGAAAGUUGUUUCUAGCGCCUCCUCACGGCGUGUGUGCUGCCAGGGAAGAGAGCUUAAUAUGCCGA